CAGCCCUAUGCUCCACCCCCUCAUCCAAUGGCUCCUCCCAGCCCCAGCACCAACAGCUGCAGCCAGGGAGCGGCAGAGCAGCUGAGUAAGACCAACCUGUACAUCCGAGGCCUGCCACCUGGGACAACCGACCAGGACCUCAUCAAACUCUGUCAACCGUAUGGAAAGAUAGUGUCAACAAAGGCCAUUCUGGAUAAGAACACCAACCAGUGCAAAGGCUACGGAUUUGUUGAUUUUGACAGCCCGGCCGCAGCACAGAAAGCCGUGUCGUCUCUCAAAGCCACCGGGGUGCAGGCGCAAAUGGCUAAGCAACAGGAGCAGGAUCCUACCAACCUCUACAUCUCUAACCUACCCAUCUCGAUGGAUGAGCAGGAACUGGAGAACAUGUUGAAACCUUUGGGUCACGUCAUCUCCACCAGGAUACUGAGGGAUGCUAACGGAGUCAGCAGGGGAGUCGGCUUUGCCAGGAUGGAGUCCACAGAAAAAUGUGAAGUAGUGAUCCAACAUUUCAAUGGAAAAUACCUAAAGACCCCACCCGGAAUUCCAACUCCCACGGAGCCGUUGCUGUGUAAAUUUGCCGACGGAGGCCAAAAGAAGCGCCAGAGUCAGAGCAAGUACCCUCAGAAUGGGAGGCCGUGGCACAGAGAAGGCGAGACUGGCAUGGCAUUAACAUAUGAUCCUGCUGCAAUGCAGAACGGGUUCUACUCUUCGCCUUACAGCAUCGCCACCAACCGCAUGAUUGCACAGACCUCCAUCACGCCCUUCAUCGCUGCUUCUCCCGUUUCCACAUAUCAGGUCCAGAGUACAUCAUGGAUGCCUCAUCAACAAUAUGUUAUGCAACCUACAGGUGCAGUGAUCACGCCAGCCAUGGACCACACUAUGUCCAUGCAGCCUGCCAGUAUGAUGGCUCCCCUCACCCAGCAGAUGAACCAUCUGUCCCUGGGCACCACAGGAAGUUACAUGACUGCCGCCGCUGCAGCAGCGCCUAUGCAAGGGACCUACAUUCCCCAGUACACUCCUGUGCCUCCAACAGCCGUCCCUGUCGAAGGAGUUGUGACAGAUGCCUCCCCUCAGACGGUGGCUCCCUCAUCACAGGAAGUGACUGGUCAGCAACAACAGAUUCAAGUUGAUGGUGCCACCGACCACGUCUCUGCUUACUCAUACCAGUCCAAGUAA